CUGCGGGGCCCUCUCAUAUAAAGCACAGCCAAAGGAAAGUAAAUCGCAGUGCCCAAGCUGAGGGUAGAAAGUAGGCGGCGACAUGAGCCGGGCGCCAGCGUUCUUGAGCGCGGCCGAGGUGCAGGAGCACCUCCGCAGCUCCAGCCUCCUCAUCCCGCCCCUGGAGGCAGCCCUGGCCAACUUCUCCAGCGGCCCCGACGGAGGGGUCAUGCAGCCCGUGCGCACCGUGGUGCCGGUGGCCAAGCACAGGGGCUUCCUGGGGGUCAUGCCAGCCUACAGUGCAGCAGAGGAUGCUCUGACCACCAAGUUGGUCACCUUCUAUGAGGGACACAGCGCCACCUCCACUGUCCCCUCCCACCAGGCUACUGUGCUACUCUUUGAACCAAGCAACGGAUCCCUGCUGGCGGUCAUAGAUGGAAAUGUCAUCACUGCUAAGAGAACAGCUGCAGUGUCUGCCAUUGCCACCAAGUUUUUGAAGCCCCCCAGCAGUGAAGUGCUGUGCAUCCUUGGGGCCGGGGUCCAGGCCUACAGCCAUUAUGAAAUCUUCACCGAGCAGUUCUCCUUCAAGGAGGUGAGGAUAUGGAACCGCACUAAAGAAAAUGCAGAGAAGUUUGCAGACACGGUGCAAGGGGAGGUACGGGUCUGUUCAUCGGUCCAGGAGGCUGUGACAGGUGCUGAUGUGAUUAUCACAGUCACCAUGGCAACAGAGCCCAUUUUGUUUGGUGAAUGGGUGAAGCCGGGUGCACACAUCAAUGCCAUCGGUGCCAGCAGACCUGACUGGAGAGAGCUGGAUGAUGAGCUCAUGAAGCAGGCGGUGCUGUAUGUGGAUUCUCAGGAGGCUGCCCUGAAGGAGUCUGGCGAUGUCCUCUUGUCUGGGGCUGAGAUCUUUGCUGAGCUGGGAGAAGUGGUGAAGGGGGUGAAGCCAGCCCACUGUGAGAAGACCACAGUGUUCAAGUCUUUGGGAAUGGCAGUGGAAGACAUGGUUGCAGCCAAACUAGUGUAUGAUUCCUGGUCAUCUGCUAAAUAAAACAAAGAUAGUUCAUGUUGCUAUGGAUGCUGCAGCUUGAGGAAUGUUGCAGCUGAUAAUCUCAUAAUUCUAGAUCAAGUGGGGGAGCCCAGAUUCCAGUGAACUCUGGUUUUGUGCUUAUGUCUAACCCUAAAUACUGGGAUCCCCAUUCGUGUUUGUAGUUGGAAAACAAAACCUCCGGUUGUACCAAGUUAUAGUAGCAUCUCUUUCCCUUGUGUUUUACUGCCCUUUGUGUUUCCCUGCAAUAAAGCAUUUUCUGACUCUGUA